GGGUUAGGUAGGAAAGCAAACACUGUUUCCAAGGCUGAUUGGAACAUCAGUGUCUGUCAAGAUGGGGAGUGUCUUUGCAGACUUCCACAAUGCCCAAAGGGUAGGAGAUGGAAGGCUGCUGGCCGCUUGCUUGGCCCCCAUCGACACCGACCAUGACCCUCGACGGUUGCAGUCAUUCGCGCAACUAUCGAACUACCAGACCAUCUCUGCGGAUGUGCGUUAUCACCUCGUGCAAGAUCGCAACGCCGUCAAACUCCCCAAGGCGGAAGCCAACGCAUGGGUGGACAUAUUCGUCGCACUAUGGAAGUGUGUCAGGGAACUCGUCACCAUCCGGGCGGCCAGCGGCACCGGCACCGGCACAGGAGGAGACUGGACCAAAGUUUUCGAUUCCUACAAGGAAAUGUGCAACCACCUCGUACGAGGCUACACCAACUUUGGGUUCCAAUCCUGGACGAUCCCGUGUCUCUACACUGCGGGCAAAUACUUACGGAUGAUCGCCCUGAAAGCCGACAGCCAGGACAAACCCAAAGACUCUGCUGCAGCAGACGACGCCUUCGGCAACGGCCUUUCCGACGACAUCAUGGGUGACACCGACAAGAACAAGACUCUCGAACAGGCGGCCUGGACCAUCAACCGCAUGUUCACCGUCUGUCUCAGUGACCGGGCCGAACUGGCCGAGUCCCGCAAAUGGGGCAUCUACAGCACGACGAACCUCCUCUUCAAGACCUACUUCAAACUCAACUCCAUCUCCCUGACACGCAACGUGAUCCGAGCCCUCGAGGCGGCACAGUCGGACCUACCUCCGCUCGAACUGUUCCCGAAAUCCCACCGCUGUACGUUCAAGUACUACCGCGGGGUGAUCGACUUCUUGCAGGAAAACUACACCGAGGCCGAAGCCAACCUCACCGAGGCGCUCAACCUGUGCCACAAAGACUCGCUACGGAAUCGUGAACAAAUCUUGACCUAUCUCAUCCCCGCACACAUCGUCAACACCCACCGAUUGCCCACCGCCAAACUUCUCGCUCCACACCCAAAGUUAUCCUCAAUGUUCACGCCGUUGUUCAGUGCCAUCCGAAAGGGAUCCUUGUCGCAGUUCGACGAUGCUCUGUCUAAUGCCGAGCCAGAGUUGGUCAAGCGCCGAGUAUACCUGACGCUCGAACGCACGCGAGACAUUUGCCUCCGCAACCUGUUCCGCAAGGUCUUUCUGGCCGCGGGCUACGAAGAGCCCAAGGACGGCGACGCUAACCCACCAGCAGCAGAAGGAGGAGAAGCACCCAAGAUCCGUCGCACGAGGAUCCGAGUCGAAGAAUUCGAAGCCGGCAUGCGCGUUGGCUACAAGGGUGCCACGGACGUCAUGAUUGACCGAGACGAGGUUGAAUGCUUUCUAGCAAACAUGAUUUACAAGAACUUGAUGAAAGGCUACAUCGCCAGAGACAGAGGGAUUGUUGUACUCAGUAAGGCCGGAGCAUUCCCUGGCACAGGCGUUUGAGUGGUGCCACGUCGCACAUGUCAAUUUCCGACUCCAAUUCGUCAAGAUUAGGUAUUUCAGAGCAAGAGGGCUCAAUGCAACCCACCGAAUUUUCCGGGGGGUUCACAGCUCGAAUCUAAAUUCCAACCAAGAAAACCGGCACCAAUCAUUCGACCACUGAGUUGUUCGUUGACCGCCAUCCUAUCACACAAAGUCAGUGGGAUUCCACCAUUCGAGCACAGCAAAGGGAAGAAUAUGAACGCCUCUCAGGGGGCUCGGUUACUGCAAGUGCAAAGCAUAUUUCAACGGCAUGUUGGUCCCGUCUGUACCGGCGGCUACAAAGUCAGAAACAUUCGCCACAACCUAUCACAAACCCUGUGGUUGAGAAACGAUUGGCUAGGACUCAGCCUCAAGCACCGACGCUAGUUCCCUCGCCCUCGAAAACCUAAGUGAACCAUUCAGCCAUGGUUUGCAAGGUGCAAGUGGAUGAGGAAUCUGUUUCUAUCCUACCGAGUAUGUCUUGUGUGGUUCUUGAUGUGAACACUUUACCCUAUCCUGCCGAGGUGUCUUUUUUAUUUGGCCCCCCAAAAUCCAGUUUGCCAUGUCUCGACGCCCAUCGGGCUUAUCUCUGACCCUGAGCGUGGACUGAUCCUGGAAACUCUCAAUCGCAGUUCCCGUGUCGCGGGCGCCCACCUUCACAUCACGAGGUGUAGUGGUCAUCAUGAUGAUGCGAGCUGUGCUUGGUUUCCCACCUUUACAGCACGGUGUGUGCCGAUGGCUGUGGUGACGAUGAUGAUGAUGAGAGCCUGUACUUUGUGUCGGACCUUGUCCGACCCUUUUUUGGUGACUCAUCUGCCACUUGAACUAUCACAGAAGUAUCCAGGGUCCGAGCUUUUUCUCACGCCAGGCAUCCCCGUCGGAAAUAUGUCGCUCGAGACUAAUCAAGAAAGAACGGGAUGUGGCGUACGGGGUACACACAUGACAAGAUGCCUUCGGAUAUACUCCGUACACCUUGUAGCAUCUUUGAAGAUUAAAAAGGCAAGCGAGUUUUGCCUCUCCCUAGCGAAAAGGUGUUCUUGAGGAGAAAAAGGUAGCCGGUUGCCUUGCACAGCGAUGAAACCACCCGGGCUUUCACAUUGCAUGACGAGUCGAAUGUCAGCUCAAUUUCAUAACUAGGAUGAAGGUUUCUUCGAAGCAGGGACGAACGAGUAGCUCAAGAAGAUGUAUCCCCC